AUGUCAGUAUCGAUGACCGUCGCAAGUAGUCAGGUACAUGUGAAGCCAUUGAGUAAGUAUCAUCGCAGCGAUUGGCCAAGAGAUGAUAGAAAGUACGAGAAAUAUCCAGGUGCUAAGCUGUCAACGAAUGAAAAGGGUGUAACUUUCGGAAUAACUUCUAAAGACGCAGAAGUCGUUACUUCUGCUAACUGGAUAGCCAUAGGCGUAAAAGGUGUCAAGUAG